UUGGGAUCCGCGUUGGCUCUAAACCCCUUUGGAAGCAGGAAGUCAAUGGGAUUCCAAUGGGAAAGUGGGAAUUCUUUCCCCUUGGGGUGGGAAUGGGGGUUCCAGGGGGUGUUUCCCAUGGAAAAGAUGGGAUUUGGGGCAUGGAUCCACUCCUCCCUAUGGGAAUGGGAUGGGGGGGGGUCAAACCCCAUGAAAACAGAGGAAUUGUGGAAUUCCAGGCGAAAUUCCACCCAAACUGGUCCCAUUCCCAACAAUUCCCCUCCCCCCCUUGGCCUCUUCCCAUUAUUUGCCCUUUUCCCAUUGGAUUUUGGACUCCCCGGGCUCCGAUCCCAAAAGGAUCCCAAAAGGGCCUGGAAGCAGCAUGGAAAAGUCGGGAAUUCCAUCCAGGUGGGAGCUGAGCUCUUCAAUCCCAAGCUCUGGAAUUGGCCAUUGGGAUGCGGAUGCUCAAGCUCUUCCUCCUCCUCUUCCUCAUCCGAGGUCCUGGAAUGGCUCCAAUGGGAGCAGUGGGAAUUGGGCAGCACUGGGCCGGGAUAAUCCCAUUCAUCCCCAGGAGCUGCCUCAUCCCAUGGGAGCCACAGGGAUUCCCAUUCUCCCAAGCUCUGGAAGCCUGAGCUCCUUCCUUGGGAGCAGGAUGGGAGCGAUGCUCUUCCUCCUGGCAUGGCUGGGGGGUGCUGCCAUCCGAGCUCCCAUCCGCCUGGUGGGAGGCCCCAACCGCUGUGUGGGGCGGCUGGAGGUGCUAUGGGAGCAGCAAUGGGGCUCAGUGUGUGAUGACCAAUGGGGGAUGCCGGAUGCCACCGUCGUGUGCCGGCAGCUGGGAUGUGGGGAUGUGCUCUCGGCUCCGGGAUCCGCUCCCUUCGGACCAGGAGCCGGCCCCAUAUGGCUGGAUGAUGUGGAUUGCAAUGGGACCGAGGAGGAGCUCCUGCAGUGCAGGAUGAGGCCAUGGGGAGAGCACAACUGUGACCAUGGAGAGGAUGCUGGGGUUGUGUGCUCAGGGCCCCCAUCCCCAGUACCGGUGCAGCUGGUGAACGGCUCCAGCCGCUGCUCCGGCACAGUGCAGGUGCUCUAUGGGCAGCACUGGGGCACAGUGUGUGAUGACGGAUGGGACCUGCGGGAUGCUGAGGUCGUGUGCCGGCAGCUGGGAUGUGGAUCCGCGCUCUCUGCCCCCCCGGCCGCUUCCUUUGGGAUGGGACCCGAUCCCAUUUGGCUGGAUGAUGUGGACUGCGAAGGGACCGAGGCUGCCCUAUCCCAAUGCAAGGCCAGGCCGUGGGGCAGCCAUAACUGUGUGCAUAGGGAGGAUGCUGCUGUGGUGUGUGCAGACCAUGCUGAACCCGCUCCCCUGCGCCUGAUGGGAGGCUCCGAGCCCUGCUCCGGACGAGUCGAGGUCUUCUAUGGGCAGCAAUGGGGCACAGUGUGUGAUGAUGGAUGGGACCUGGAGGAUGCUGAUGUGGUCUGCAGGCAGCUGGGCUGUGGCAGGGCUAUGGGGGCCCCCCAUGGGGCUGCCUAUGGGGAGGGAUCCGGCCCCAUAUGGCUCGAUGAUGUCGCCUGCAAUGGGAAUGAAGAGGCUUUGGUCCAAUGCGAAGCUCCUGCCUGGGGAAGCCACAACUGUGAGCACAGAGAGGAUGCUGGAGUGGUGUGCACAGGUGGGAUCUAGAGCUCAUGGAUGCGGACAAGAGGGAUGGUUUCAGCAGCCAACGUCCCAAAUCCAAAGGGAUUUAAUCCAAAGGGAUUUAAUCCAAAGGGAUGCUCCCCCCCCCCCCCCCAUUGGGUACCCAUUGAAGGUGAUGAAGAGAGAUGGGAAUCAUGGAGAUGACGACCCCUGGACCCCUUCACUCCUCCGGCUGCAGGACAUGGAGGCCCUUGGAGCCAAUCCCAUCCCUUGGAAUCCGACCCUUUUCCAUGCCC